AUGGAGGCUCUGCUCCUCGAGAUUACCCGGGGCAUCUCAACCGCCCUCGCCGUGCGGUCUUCGGCGGUCCCCUGUCCAGACUGCACCUGCAAUUGCGCGCCUGCGCUUGCCUGCUCAGAGGGCGCGCUCCCGCGGGAGUUCGGGCAGGAGACGGGCUGGGAGUGGCCCGGGCCCUGGGCCUGCUUCUCCUUGAUCGGCCUCGGCGCGGUCGCCGGGGCCUCGGCGGUGCUGCUGGCACAGCGCUGGCUGGCGCCUGCCCCCGCAGCGGCGCCGGCACGGGCAGCGGGCCCGGCCGAGCUCGCGGACCCCUCGUCCGCCCGAGCGGACUUGCUGCAGCCUGACGCCAUGGCGGCUCCACACCAGCUCAUCGCGGCGGGCUUGGCCGAGGGCGACUUCCUGGUUGUCCGAUACAGAGUGGGUGGCUGGCGCCUUUGGCACCGCCGCCUGGUAGUGGCGCUCGUGCCCGACGGGACCACCGUUGCGGGCAUCAUGACUCCCGACCUCGAUGAGUACGACGAGGACGUGGCCGACCAGCCGGGCCUGGGGCCGCGGCGGCCAUCCCUGGCGCGCCCGUCGCGCCCGCGGCCGCGGCUGCAGCUCCCGCGGCGGGCGCCCCGGCGGCCCCGGCUGUGGCUGGACCUGGCGGCGCGCGGGGUCCGUCAUGUGGACUUCCGCACCGCAGUCACCCGGAUGACCGAGCUCCCCUGGCCAGACUGGCCCGUGCGAGGGCCGCGCACGUUGCGGUGGGUGGCAGAGUUCAUGGCGCAGCGGAGCGGCACGCCGACGGCGCAUCAUCAGAGGUGGCUGGCGGAGACGGGCCUUGACCCCGCCGAUCCAGGAGUGGAGAUUUACCAGACGGGCUGCGUCGUCCUCGAGACGGCCAUCACCUACGACCAGGAACACGCCACGAACCUCGCCCACCUCGAGCUCGUCGCCCGCUCGAUCCAGGUGCAGGAAGAGAAGUACCGGCUUCUCGUUGAGCCCGACGAUGCCUCGGCUGCUGACAGGUCGGCCAUGAUGGGGGCGUCGCAGCUCGCGGGCUCUGUGUGUGUCUGCCCCGCCCUUCGCGACUAUCUCGCAUCGGAGUUGCAGAAAGAGAUGGCAGUUGCGAAGGAGCGGAGGAAGGCUCCGGUGCCGCAGGCGGCGAUGCCUAGCUUGCCGGAGGGCGGUCGGCCUGGCCCGCCGCCGCCCUCGCUCCUCCAGGCCUCCGCGGGCGCCAACAGCGCUGCCCGCGCAUCGGGCGAGGCCGGGCCCCCUUCGCGUGAAGACGGUCGCCAGCGCAACCUCUUCCCGCUGCCGCAGCUCACAGCAGCCGACGCGGCGCCUGGCCUCUCUCGCACCCGGCGGCGCGCUCGGGCGGGCCACGCCCUCGGGCGCGCGCUCGACCGGGCCAGCGCUGCCGUGCAUGACCUAUACGGUGACAAGUCCUCGCCCGAGUCGGCCGUUCCGACAGCUGGGCAGCGCUGCGCCGUCGGUCACAUCUGGGACACCAUUGCCGCCCUCGGCCCCGAGCCGGACGAGUACCGCGACGACGUGUCCGACCCCAACGGGGCCCUCCGGGAGCUCCUUGCUGGGUCGGCGCUGUACCCUGAGCUCCAGCUAAUUCACGACCUGCUGCCCCUUUGCACGGACCUCGUGGGCGCCACAGGCCGAGUUGCUGAAAAGUGGAGGUAUAAAGUCGAGGGAGGAGCGCAGGCGAGAGCUCGCGCUGUAGGAGCGUCGGAGGAGACUGACGCCGCCGCCGACCUCGGCUACCCCCUCUCGUUCGACAGCUCGGACAACGCGAACGUCGGUCCCGGGGGGGAGGGGGCGCAGGACGAGCUGGGGCGUUCGGCGCUCGAUCCUCGCCCGCCCGUCGACUUCGAGGAGGUCCCCGCGCACUUCAUUCGGGAGUCGGCCUGGGGCUCGGUCGCCGCGGUCUUCGUCGACGGUCAGGCCAACAUCUUGGCCUUGGAGGGGGGGGCUCUCGUUCUUGGGUAUCGCCAUCUGUUGCGGUCCACGUCUUCGUUCGGGUCCCGGUUCCUCGCCCUCUCCGACAACCUGCCCUUGGUCCUGUCGGUCGGGAAGGGCCGGGCUCGCAGCAGGCGCCUCCAGAGCACCCUUCGCAAGAUCUGCGCGCUCUCCGUGGCCACUGGCUCAACCCUGUCUGUCAGGUGGAUCCCGUCGGAGGCGAAUCCCGCCGACGGGCGCGUCGGCCGGCGCCGGCACUGCCGGGCGUGGGGCUGCUGGAUCAUGCGGCUGCACUGGUUGCUGGCGCUCCUCCCCCGGGCCGCGCUGGCUGGGGGGAAGCAGGCGGCUCCGACGGCGUCGGCGCUGAGGGGCGAGCGAGCCCGCCGCGCGCAGGAGCUUGCAGCUGCUGCGGCGCCGGUCCUGGGGCUCUCGCUGCUGGAGCGGCUGGCGGUGCGGCCCUCGACCGAGAAGCUCUACCGGGGGGCGCUGUCGGCCUUCGCGAGCUUCUGCGCAAGGCACCGCCUGGACUGGACGGACCAUGCCAGCCUCGACUCGGUCCUCGCGCAGUACAUGGACAGCGAGUUCCUCCUCGGCGGCGGCGGGAACAUGGGGAACGUGCUCCUGGCGGCGGUCGCCCACUCUCUCGGCUCGCUCCACAAGCGAGCGGCGACGCAGCUGCCGAGGGCGCACCUCGCGGCUGCAGCCUGGGCCCGGCGGGCGCCGGGCCGCACGCGCCUCCCGCUGCCGCGGCGAGUCGUGUUUGCCAUCGCGGGCGUCCUCCUGCGCGACGGGCGCUCCCGGCUCGCCAUCUGCAUCCUCGUCAUGUUUGCGUGCUACCUCAGGCCCGGGGAGGCGGCGAAGCUGCGCGGGCGCCACUUGAUAGCGCCUUCUGCCUCCGCGGGGACGCUCUACCAGUACUUCGGGCUGCUCCUGCACGAGAGCGGCAAGGGCCCAGGCAAGACGGGCGUGAACGACGAGAGCAUCCUCUUCGACCGCGAGGGCUGGCUCGCCCCCCUGCUGGCGGCCUUGGAGCUCAGCACCCUGCCCGACCAGCCGUUGUGGGGGGGGGCGAUCGCGCAGCUGCCGAAGCUCUUCGACAGCGCCUGCCGGGAGCUGUCGCUGGAACGCCUCCGACCACACUUAUACAGCUUGCGUCACGGCGGAGCCUCGGACGACAUGCUGUCGCAACGGAGGUCUCUGCCAGAGAUUCAGAGGCGUGGACGAUGGCGGUCCGCGAAGAGUCUCAACCGCUACACCAAGGAGACAAAGCUGCUGGACGAGCUCGCCUGGAUCCCUCCAGCUGCCCUGGAGCUCGGGGCUUUCGUCGAGGACAAUUUGAUGGCGCUCCUUUUCUGCGGCGCCGGCACGAUAGCUCGUGCGAUGGUGGCGCUGGGCUUCGCCGCCUUCGGGCUCGACUGGAGCCGCAGCCCGCUGGAGGACCACGUUGCGGCGACAUUCCAGACCGUCGCCCUUGGCUGGAUCCAGUCCCGAGCGCUGGACGAGGGCGCUCCGGCGGCCGCUGAGGUCCGCGCUCCGCCCGCUCGGUCUUCCUGA